GACACCAACACGGAAGUAGCGCUAUAAGCAGCGACUAACGUCCGGUGUCCUUAAUCCCGUCGCAGCCGCUCGUCCGUCCGGCAGCAUGAAGAACAUGUUGACCACCAUCUCCAACGCACUCUGCCGGAUCACUGGCGGGAAUGUGGGAGCCCAGACGGUGUCCGAGUUGCUGAUCGACCUGUCAGAGUACGUCAAUGUAGCCUCUCCGGCGACGCCCACCUCGGCUCUGACCCGCCGGCAGCCGCCCGAGCCGCCGCCGCCGGCCGGCCCUCGAGCGCCGGCCGCCGCCCCGUUAGUUAGAGCCCAGACGGACCGGCUAGACGGACCAGGUGCCGGCGUCGUGGCCUCUCGCUCCUUCGCCGACUUCACCUCACAGGCGACCUUUGACAUCAAGAAAUGCGAUGUGCACCGGCUGCAGGAGGCCCCCCCGGUGGCGGCGGUGCUGACCCGGGACCAAGGCCUGCAGUACUACCGCGUGAUGCAGACCGUGCGGCGCAUGGAGCUCAAAGCCGACCAGCUGUACAAGCAGAAGAUCAUCAGAGGCUUCUGCCACCUGUACGACGGACAGGAAGCGUGUGCGGUCGGCAUCGAGGCCGCCAUCAACCCGACCGACCACCUGAUCACCGCCUACCGCGCCCACGGCUACGCCUUCACCCGCGGCGUCGCCGUCAAACAGAUCCUGGCCGAGCUCACAGGUCGUAAAGGGGGCGUGGCCAAAGGAAAGGGAGGCUCCAUGCACAUGUACGCGCCGCGCUUCUACGGAGGAAACGGCAUCGUGGGCGCUCAGGUUCCUCUCGGCGCCGGCGUCGCUCUGGCCUGCAAGUACCGAGGCAACGGCCAGGUGUGCGUCGCGCUCUACGGAGACGGGGCGGCCAAUCAGGGCCAGCUGUUCGAGGCGUUCAACAUGGCCGCCCUCUGGAAGCUGCCGUGCGUCUUCGUCUGCGAGAACAACAAAUACGGGAUGGGGACGUCGGUGGAGCGAGCGGCGGCCAGCGGGGACUACUACAGGAGGGGGGACUACGUCCCGGGAAUCAGGGUGGACGGGAUGGACGUGCUGUGUGUGCGCGAGGCCACCCGGUUCGCUGCGGAGCACUGCCGCUCCGGGAAGGGUCCCAUCAUAAUGGAGCUGCAGACCUACCGUUACCAUGGACACAGCAUGAGCGACCCCGGCGUCAGCUACCGGACGCGUGACGAGGUCCAGGAGGUGCGCAGUCGGAGCGACCCCAUCACCAUGCUGAAGGAGCGCAUGCUGAGCAACAACAUGGCGUCAGUGGAGGAGUUCAAGGAGGUGGACGUGGCGAUCAGGAAGGAGGUGGAGGAGGCGGCUCAGUUCGCCACGUCGGACUCGGAGCCGCCGCUGGACGAGUUGUGUAACCACAUCUACAGCAACGCCGCCACGCUGGAGGUCAGGGGGACCACUGCCUGGGCCAAGCUCACGUCCGUCAGCUAGACACACACACACACACACACACCAUCACACACACACCAUCACACACAAACACACCAUCACAUACACCUCGGCUCCUCCUCCUUGAGCUUCGGGUCAUUCCGCACCUUUAAACGUGACUUUGGAACCUGUCAGUAUUAUUUAUUUUUAUUUUGUAUAGAAAUGUAUAUAUAUUUAUUUAUUAUUUGUUGUGUUGUAUGAAGUCUCCAGAGUGAUGUGUGCACUUUUUAAAUAUAUAUCACCUUUUCAGGGCUGCUUGUUGUUGUUGUUGUUUUAUUAUUAUCAUCAUGCACUACUCUUUCCUCCCAAUAUAAUGCAACUGCUUUAUUUUAUUUUCCUUUUUUUCAGGAGCUUUUCUAGCAACUUUAAGAUCAUCCUAUAUUAGUUUUCUGCUUCAAACAUUUUUUUGUUUUUUAGAGAAACCAGCAGCGACUAAACUAUGAAUAUGAAACCGUUUCCUCAAGUACUUCUUACACUCAAAGACAUUUUUACUCAAGUCAUCCUGUUUUACUUUUUCUAUAUUUCUGAGGAAACUAUUGUACUUUUCUAAUAAUACAAAAUAUCAACAAUCAAUUAUACAUUAUUAAACAUAAAGGUGCACAAGGUGGUAAUAAUACUCAUAAUGUAUAUUAUUCUGAAAUGGGUCAUUAUGCAUAUACAUACAUUGUAAAGAUCUUUGUAGAUUUACUUGAGCAUAAGUAGUAAAUACUUUCUUCAAAUUUAUUUCUUAUUUAUUAAGAUGACUUGAUCGGUGCAUCAAAACCACAAAAUAAAUGUUUAACUUGUUUCAUCCAGAACUACUUCACUGAAGUACUUGAAGAGGAUACUUGACUGCUAGAGGAAGAACCCAUAACAUAGUGUAACAUUUAUAUUUUAACAUGUAUAGUUGUAUUUUGUGUGCACACAUUGUAGAUAAACUUCUGGUAUUUAACUUGUGUUUUAAAGCUCUGCAGCUCAGAGCGUUUCCUCUCCUGGUUCCACGUGAAUACGACCUGAAGCUCGACUUCCUGUGUGUUGAAUAAAUAUAUAAACUUUG